AUGGCAGUUAAAAUGUUGAGUAUAAAAGCUAAAGGGAAUGUAUCUCAACAAAUCUUUGAUGAUUUCGUGAAAGCUAUGAAAGAAGUGAUUCCUAAGGAUAAUUUACUUGUCUCUAAUUUUUAUGAAGCAAAGAAGCUAGUAUUGAAACUUGGCAUGGAAAGCAAUAAAAUUGAUUGUUGCAUUAAUGGUUGUAUGCUGUAUUACAAGGAGGAUGAUAUGCCAAGAAAGGAAUGUAAAUUUUGUCAUUCUCCAAGGUACAAGAUAGGUAAAAAGGGUAAACAAGUGCCUUUGAAACGAAUGCACUAUUUACCGCUUAUACCUCGUUUAAGAAGACUUUAUGCUUCAAUGAACACAGCAUCUCACAUACGAUGGCAUUUUGAUCACGAGUUUAAAGGAGUUCUUGAGCAUCCAUCGGAUUCAAAAGCAUGGAAGUAUUUUGAUAGAAAAUAUCCACAAUUUUCUCAAGAACCACGCAAUGUCAGACUAGGAUUAUGUGCUGAUGGAUUCACCCCUUUUGGUCAAUCUGGUAAACAAUAUUCAUGUUGGCUAAUAAUUGUCACUCCGUAUAACCUGCCUCCUUCUAUGUGCAUGAAAACUCCUUACAUGUUUUUAUCCAUGAUUAUUCCUGGUCCUCGUAAUCCCAAAAUCAGGAUUGAUGUAUACCUACAGCCCUUGAUUGAUGAGCUAAAACUACUAUGGGAAGAUGGCGUUUUAACUUAUGAUAUUCAUUCCAAGUCAAAUUUUGUAAUGCGAGCUGCAUUGUUGUGCACUAUUAAUGAUUUUCCUGCAUAUGGAAUGUUGUCUGGAUGGAUGACAGCAGGCAGGCUAGCAUGUCCAUACUGUAUGGAACGAACCAAGGCAUUUCAAUUAAAAAAUGGGAGAAAGCCAUCAUGUUUUGACUACCAUAGACAAUUCUUGCCAAAUAAUCACAUGUUUAGAAGAAACAAGGAUGCAUUCUAUAAGAAUAGAAUUGAGAGAUCAGAACCUCUGCCAAGAUUGACUGGAGAGCAAAUAUGGUAUAUAGUUCAGAAUUAUGAUAAGAUAAGUGAUGUUGAGCAACUUGAGAUAGAAGGAUAUGGAAGUACGCAUAAUUGGAGCAAAAGAAGCAUAUUUUGGAAUUUGCCUUAUUGGCGUCAUAAUUUAAUCCGUCAUAACCUUGAUGUAAUGCAUAUUGAGAAUGAUGUAUUUGAUAAUAUAUUCAAUACUAUCAUGGACAUCAAAGAGAAGACUAAAGAUAAUGCAAAGGCUAGAAUGGAUCUGUCAUUAUACUGCAAGCGAAAAAAUUUAGAACUGCCAAACCAAAGUGGAGGUAAAAUUAUAAAACCCAAAGCAAACUACACAUUUACCCUCCAGCAAAAGAGGGCAAUAUGUGAAUGGGUGAAAGAGUUAAGGAUGCCUGAUGGAUAUGGUUCAAAUUUAGGGAGAUGUGUUGACAUGAAAGAGGGCAAGUUAUAUGGAAUGAAAAGUCAUGAUUGUCAUAUAUUUAUGGAACGUUUACUGCCAAUUGCUUUUUGUUCAUUGCCAGAGCAGAUCUGGAAGCCAAUAACAGAGUUAAGUCAAUUCUUUCGAAAUUUGUGCUCAACAUCGUUACGAGAAGAUGUUCUAAAUAAGCUAGAAGAAAAUAUUCCAAUUGUGCUAUGCAAGCUAGAACCAUUGCUUGGUGGUCCUGUGCAAUAUAGAUGGAUGUAUCCUUUUGAGAGGUUUCUCCAUCAUCUUAAAAAAAAGGUCAAGAACAAAACACAUGUUGAAGGAUCUAUCGUUGAAUCAUACCUAAUUGAGGAGAUUUCUUACUUUUGUGAGUACUAUUUUAACCAAACUAGCAUCGAUCUUACUUUUGUUCAUGAUCCUUUAAAUAAUGUGACAGAUUCGAAUAUUCAUUCCUUGGCAUGGGGUCCUUUGAGAAUUGUUAAAUGUUGGCCUAUCUACAAAGUCAAUGGCUUCAAGUUUCACACAAGAUCUCACUCAAGUGGAAAGUCAACUCAAAAUUAUGGAAUAUGUGUCAAAGGCACAGGUUAUGGUGAAUAUGAAAAUGAUUUCUAUGGCCUGCUUAAUGAAAUUAUCCAAGUUGAGUAUACUGGGCUACCACUAAAAAGAGUUGUACUAUUUAAAUGCGAAUGGUUUGAUCCCACGAUUGGCAAAGGAACAAAGGUAAACAAAGAGUAUGGAAUCAUACAGAUUCGAAAGAAUCGACGAUAUGGUAAAUAUGAUCCAUUUAUCAUUGCACAUAAAGCAAUUCAAGUAUAUUUUGUACCUCAUCCAAUGAGCAACACCAAGGAAAAAGCAGAAUGGUGGUUUGUAUUCAAGACUAAAGCAAGAGGUGAGAUUGAGAUUGAAACAACGGAGGAUUUUGCAUAUCAAGAAGAUGGCACAAAUCAAUCUAACAAUCAUAUCUCAAAUGAUAUUGAUAUUGUUGUUGAUUUACUGGAUACCAAUAGUACAAGAUAA